AUGUCGGCUUUGCCCGACCCUCUCGUGAGAAGAAACCGGGGCUACUUAGGCAGUGACAGCUCCGCCUUGUCCGCUCGCGAUAUUCAGGACCGCAGUCAGUUGCGUUAUGAGCUCGACCUCAACUCGUGGAACCUGCGUAUUUGGGGCGUAGCCGCAUCGGGUUUUCUAACAGAUUCCUACAACCUCUUUUCCACAAAUGUUAUUCUUGCCUCCAUAGCAUUUGUAUACUGGCCUUCACCCGGCGAAAGAUGGCAAGGGCUGCUCAUCAACUUCUUCACUCUUCUGGGAUCCGUGAUUGGUCAAUUGCUCUUUGGCUUUCUGGCCGACUUUUAUGGACGAACACGCCUUUAUGGCAUUGAGCUUGUACUUGUCAUUGUGUCGACAAUUGGUGUUGCCACUAGCAGCUAUGGCUUCGAUGACAUGAGCUUCUUGGCUCUUUUCAUCUGGUGGCGCUUCGUGAUGGGUAUCGGCAUCGGUGCCGAGUAUCCCCUUAGCGCAGUCAUAACCUCAGAAUGGUCGAGCACUCAGUCCAGGGGAACUAUGAUCUCUUCUACAUUCAUGAUGCAGCCCAUAGGCCAAGCUCUUGCCCAACUUGUCGGCCUCUGGGUUCUCGUCGGUCGUGACAAAAGCGAGGGCCUACAAGCCAUGCAGUGUGGCCUCGACACGAAAUAUGAUAGGGAAUGUCGCCGCGCCGUCGAUGGCAUUUGGCGCAUCGUCAUCGGCUCUGGCGCCGUCCCCGCUCUUUUAGCCAUCAUUUUCCGGUUCUUUUUGUUCGACUGCGGAUUAUACAGUCUCGAGGUCAGGAACAAGCCCGGUAUCGCCUUGAGAAACACGCAGAGAGUAUACGGCGCUCCUGCUGGCGCGACAGCCGGCUACCCCAUGACCCCUCAAGAUGGGAUGCAACCAACCAACUCACAACAGCCUAUGCCCAUCCAAUUUUCUAAGCAGGAUCUUUACAGGUACUUCAUCGAAGACGGAAAUUGGUACUACCUACUAGGCACCGCUGCAACAUGGUUUUUCCUUGAUGUAAGCUUCUAUGGUCUCAGUCUUGAUAAUAGAGGGACUCUGUCAGACAUGUGGGCGACCACGGGACCGACGCCCAUCGACGACCGGCUACCGUGCUGGAACUCCAAGUUUCCUGACGGCAACGCAACCGCACGACUAUGGAGCCAGACCGGCCUUCCGGUCUGGCAGACGGACGCAACUCUACCUUGCAACACCAUCUAUGAUGUGCUUCUGGAACAGGCUAAGCAGUAUUUGUUGACUGUGUCCAUCGCCUCGAUCGCCGGCAGUGCCUGUUUUGUCGUCGCUGCCAAUAGGAUCCCGAGAAGACUUUGGCUCACAGUUUCCUUUUUCGUUCUGGCUAUACUAUUUGUCAUUACGGGUUGUGUAUACUAUGGCGUCAACAGAACCCCUGGAGCGCCGGCGACUGUCGUAUUUGUGGCGCUAUGCCACUUCAUGUUCAACUUUGGGGCAAACACCCUGACCUUCAUCAUCCCAGCGGAAAUCUUCCCAACCUGUUACCGCUGCACCUGCCACGGCAUCUCCGCCGCCGCCGGAAAGCUGGGUAGCAUCGUGGCCCUCCUCGUCGUGUAUGGCAUCAACUCGUCCUACACCGCCGUCAAUCGGCAGGGACUCAUCUUUUUGCUCUUUGGCUCCUUUGUCGCCGUCGGCGCCGUCUUCUCUUGGGCCUAUCUGCCCGACUCCCAGCGGUGGGUCAUUGACGAGGACACCGGGCGGCGCGUGCUGGAGCAGAAAACGCUCGAGGAGCUGGGAGAGGGGCGUGAGAGGGCGAGGCAACUAGGCGAGGUGAUUACUGUCAAGGAAAAGUGGCAUGAUCUGAAGAGGAGGAGGGUGUCGCCUUCGCCUUCGCAGGCAACGAAUCCGUAA